AUGGCUACUCAACUAGCAUCUGAGAGUCAAUCAACUCCUUCAUACUCCGAGAAAGCCCCAACAUCAAAUCCAGAUCACGAUCCUCAAUUAGAGGAAAUCAACGAGACAGGCCAUGUUCAAGAAUUAGAACGCAAUUUCUCUCUGCUUUCCGUCUGUUCCGUAGGUAUCGUCACGGGAAAUACAUGGGCAGCUCUUGGAGGCUCAAUCGUGGUGGCAAUUUACAAUGGAGGACCUCCAGGCGUUCUGUAUGAAUUUAUUGCUGUGUCAAUCUUCUACUGGCUUGUUGCUGCAUCAAUUGCCGAACUUGCUUCAUCGAUGCCAAGCAGUGCUGGUGUAUAUCACUGGGCCUCAAUUACUCCGGGUCCAAAGUAUGGACCAAUAUGUGGGUGGUUCGCUGGAUGGUGGAAUACGUUUGCUUGGAUGAUGGGAAGUGCCUCAAUGGCUAGUAUCUGUGGUCAGAUAGCUGUUGCUAUGUAUGGCAUCUACCAUCCGGAUUACUCUCCACAACGCUGGCACGUUUUCAUCGGGUAUCUGAUUAUCACUUGGAUGUGUUGCUCUGUGGUGCUGUUUGCCAAUAGAGCACUUCCGAUGAUCAACACGAUUGGGUUGUUCUUCAUUCUUGCUGGUGUUUUUAUCACUAUUAUGGUCUGCGCGACUAUGCCGCACGUUACGGGAUCAGAAUACGCAUCUUCGUCCUUUGUUUGGGCAGACUGGUCCAACCAAACCGGCUAUGCAAGCAAUGGGUUUGUCUUCCUAGCCGGCAUGCUCAAUGGCGCCUAUUCGGUUGGAACGCCUGACUGUGUCUCUCACUUGGCGGAGGAGAUUCCACAUCCAAAACGAAACAUCCCUCUUGCUAUUGGCGCUCAAAUGAUCAUCGGCUUCCUCACAGCCUUCUUCUACAUGAUCGCCAUCUUCUACUCCAUUUCAUCCAUCGACGAUAUCUUGGCUGCUCCCUAUUUCCCGUUAGCUACAAUAUACGCCCAAGCUACACAAAGUAACGCUGGCACGAUGGGAUUACUAUUCAUUAUCUUCGUGCCGGUCUUUUGCUGUUGUGUUGGGACCUAUAUCACAGCCGGAAGGUGUCUCUGGACUAUUGCUAGGGAUGGAGCAGUUCCAUUUUCGGGGACGUUUGGACAUGUUUCGAGGAGAUUCAAGAACCCAUUCAACGCUACGCUCUUCUGCGGUUGUUUCUCUACUGUAUUGGGAGCGAUAUAUGUCGGUUCCUCGACAGCAUUCAACGCUUUUGUCGGCUCCUUCGUCGUCCUUUCUACUAUAUCGUAUCUGGCUUCUAUCCUGCCUUUCAUGCUCACUGGUAGAUUCUCCCAGUCUUCCAAAUCAACUGGAAAUGCAAAUGGGAUGAGACCAGGCUGGUUUCAAAUGGGACAUUUGACGGGACAUGUCAUUAAUGGAAUUAGUUGUGUUUACAUCAUUGUGUUUGUGGUUAUUUAUUGCUUUCCUUAUUCGAUGCCGGUUACGGCUGCGAACAUGAAUUAUGCCUGUUUGAUUACGGGGACGAUCACUCUUGUUGCGGGGUUCUGGUGGCUGGUUAAGGGGAGGAGGGGAUAUAUUGGACCGAAGGCUAUGGUGCAUGUAGAUGAGCCGCAUAUCUCGAGUGGUGGGGUUGUGGGCGAGAGUACGGAUUCUGAGAAGUUAAGUUAG